AUGGGGCAAGGAGGUCGCACCCAAGGUGAAGGCGAUUGGCGGUGCAAGAAGAGAGAAGGCCGGCCCUUGGAAGCCAUCGGGUGGUGGCGGAACUCCCGGGAAGCCGAGGGUGGUGGAUUUGUCAAGGGCGUGCAAAUGGUACGCAACCGAUGCGGGCUGGUCUGGCAACUGCAAGUUCGCCCACGUUUGGGACAUCGGCAGAAGCGGUGGAACUGCGGGAGCCUGGAGCAUCGCAAGGAGUGUCCGCGGCCACCCCAAGGUGGACCUGGUGGAGGCCAAGCCGCUGGAGGCGAAGGAGCUAGAACCGGAACCCCGGGGAACAAGAAGGCUGUGAAGAAGGCAGCCGGGGGGAAGAGCCAUGCGUCGGAACCGGUGGUGGAAGAAAUGGAGGAGAUUGCAAUCGAGGAGACCGUGGGGAAGGACAAGCUGAUGGCGGAGGCGACACAGCUGUUGAAGAGCCUCAGGAUGAAAAAACUCAAGGCGGCGAGGCUGUCGAAGAUCGGGGAGUGCCAAAGUUGGGGGCUUCUUGAUGGAGGGGCCACGCAUGCUCUUAGGCAAGCGCGGAAGGGUGAGACAGGGGAUGACCGCAUGGUGGAGCUUGCGGAUGGCCGGGAGGUGGUUAUGCAGAUGACGGAGGAUCACACCUUGAUCUGCAAGGAAGCCACGCAGGUCAUUGUGCCGCUCGGAGCGUUGUACCUGCUGGGCUACAAGAUCCGCUGGGAGGAGGGUAUCUGCUGCAUCGAGCACGCGAGCCGAGGCCCGUUGCCGGUGAGGAUGAGGCAGUUCUGCCCGGAAGUCCCGACGGAGGUGGCUCUGAGGUUGGUGGCGGAGUUGGAGGAGUUCAAUAUAGGGACUGCUCCGGAAGGCGGCUACAGCGGCGACCAAGAGCAUGAGGAAGCCGGGCAUCAACGCCGACCACAAGAAGGGCCUGUGCGGCAGGGUUGCAGCUGCAUGGAAGAACGGAGAGAUGGAGAAGGUGAAGGGGGAGUGCCGGAGGCGCUGCUGGAAAGGGCCCUGGGCACAGGAGAAGGAAGGGGAAUUGCGGCGGCAAGGAGGAGGCAUGCCAAGGCGACAGGGUUGAUCCUUCACCUCUUCGCGGGGAAGAGUGCGAAGAAGUUCAACUACGGACAGUGGGACAGGGAGGUCAUUGCGGUGGAUAUCCUGUCGGGCCAGGAUUUGCUGGAGGCAGACACCUUCGGGUACCUGGCUGGAUUGGCGGUGGAAGGAAGGACGGAGGGGGUCAUGGGUGGGCCGUGUAGGACGUACUCCUCCUGCAGGCACUUCGAACCGGGUCCUUAUCCGGUCCGAGGAAGAGGAGAGGAGCUGUUUUGCUAUGAGGAGAGCGACGCCGAAGCAAGGAAGGUGGAGGGCGACAGCGUCUUGAUGCUGCGCGUGUGGAUACUGGCGGUGCUGGCGAACGGUGGCCGGGAGCUGGUGGGUCUGAAGGCAUGGAUGGUCAAGGAGCACCCGGAGGACCCGAGGAGCUUUGUCAGUAAGGAGGAGUGGGAGAAGGCCAAGGCCCGGGGGGGCGAACCGCCUUCGGUUUGGGACUGGCCGGAGGUCACGGCGCUGGAGGAGGUGCUGGGACUUAUUGGGGUGAAGUUUGACCAGGGCGCGAUGGGCCACAUCAAGCGGAAGCCGACGAUGCUGCUGACGAGCAUCAAGGAUCUACGGCAGCUGGAUGGCAUGAGGGGACCUGGAGUUGGAGGAGCGGGGAACCGCGAAUCUAGCAGCUGGCAAGAGACAGGUCGUGGCGGCGUCAAGGAUGGCAAAGGCAUCGGCGGAGGACAUGUGGAAGAGCCACGUCGAGAAUGGCCACACCCCAUUUCGCCGGGACUGCAGGGCUUGCAUCCAGGGUGGACUCAGAGGAAGGAGCCAUCGGAAGAGGAGGGGCAUCGCUAUCUGCUGGUGGGCUCCUAUGUCACGGCGGUGGCAAAGAACAUGGCCAAGGAAGAUGAAGUGGAGAAGGAAGCCGGAGGAGAAGCGCUUGGAGAAGACCCGAGCGAGGACCCGUUCGAGGAGAUGUUCGACGAGGAAGGGGCUUUGAGGAGAGCGGCGGAGGUGAUUGCGGCGACCCAGUCGAUGGUGGCCAAGCUUCGGUGGUGGGGCUUAGAGGUGGCGAGGCUUCAUUCUGAUCGAGGAAAGCAGAAAGAUGAGGAGGCUGGAGACGAUGAGGAGCCGAGGAUCAGCAAGGUGGAGGAAGGUGAAGAGCAGGUGGAAGUGUCCUUGGACCCGGUGGUAUGGUCGCAGGAGAAGGAUAGGUUCCUUGAGCUGGUCAUGGAUGACCUCGAGAUGGGUGGCACCGGGGAGGAGUGGGCAGAGGUGCUGGGAAGGCUGGACAUCCAGCAGAGCUGCACAGAGGAGGAGAUGGUGGAGGUCACCCGCGAGGAACGCCCGAAAGCAGGUCUGAGGGCGAUGGAUGUGGUGGCGGAAGAGGAGGAGGUGGAGGGAGGAGCCGAUGUGUAUGCGUCUGGGGUGGAGGCUGGCACGGUUCGUGCGCUGCUUCGGAAGGCGGCGGCUAUGAGGUGGUCGGUGGGCAGCUUGGACAUCAGGAUCCUCAUUGAUGCAAAGGUCGUUGAGCCGGGCAUCAUGUGGGAGGUGACGAGGAGGUGGAAGGUGGACAUCGGUGGGAGACAGGUGCUGGUAUUGCAUCAGGCCUUCGCCGACGAGAAAUUGUGGAAGAUCAAGCUGGGUGAGACCACGGUGGGGUUCAUCUGCUGCUACGUGGAUGACAUGAUGAUCAUCGGGGAGCAGAGCAUCGUGGAGGUGAUGGCUGGCCACAUCAAGAAGGAGUGGGACGCCACGGACCUGGAGUGGGCCAACACUGAGAAGGAGGAUUACAUCAAGGAUGUCAUCAAUAGGUACGGGAGCGAGGUGAAGGAGAAGCUCAUCCCCGUACCGAAGGAAAUUGAGAAGGACGGGGAGGACGAGGAGUUGGACAUGGAGAUGGUUCGGCGAGCACAAACGCUGUCGGGGGAGUUGCUGUGGGCGACCCGGACGAGGCCGGAUAUCAGCUAUGGCGUGAACCGCAUCAGUCAGCUGAUUGCGCGGCAGGCGAGGCGAGCCUAUGACAUGGGAAUCUACCUGCUGGGCUUCCUCAAGAAAACGGUGGAUUGGAAGUUGGAGUUUGGGGCCGCGGCGGAGGGCCACGGAGAGAACGGGGAGUAUGUGUAUGAGAGGGGCAUGAACACGGUGGAGGUCUACGCAGAUGCCGGCUUCGGGCCGGAUGGCGGCCGCUCGCAGCGGGGGGUCAUCGUAUGCUACAGUGGCUGCCCAAUUCAUUGGACGAGUACGCGGCAGCCGUUUGUGGCAAGAUCAACCGCGGAGGCUGUUGUUGGCAGCCAUGGAGGGGGUGCUGCAAGGGGAAGCCUGGGCGGAGAUCAUCGCCGACCUGGAAGACAGGAAGGUGGCAUCGGUGUGGGACAGGGCAUCGAUGUGGAGGGGCGUGACCAGCUGAGGUCGUUGAAGCUGGUGAUGAUGCAGGACAAUGCAGCAGCCGUCACGCUACUGCAGGGCCCUGGUGGGUCAUGGAGAACGAGGCCACUCAAGAUCCGGGCCACGUCGGCCAGGGAGAGAUUUGAGAAUGGCUCCUGGGCGCUGCAGCACUUGCCGGGCGAGACGAUGUUGGCGGGCAUCGGCACCAAGGCCUUGGGAAGCUCUCGCUUGAGAGCACUGGCUGAGAUGAUGGGUAUGAAGAUGGGCGAGAGCGGCGCGAUCCCGGAGAAGGUGAGGGUGGUGCACAGCGUGGAGCACGAACGAGGCCUGAAGGUCUUGACGGGCAUCACGUGCAUUAUGCUAGCUGAGGCAGCUGGCAUAGAGGAUGAGGAAGCUUCCCGGGAGGAGCUUCUGUUUUGGACGGCGCUUCUGGUGGCGGUGGUGGCCGCGUGGGAGGCGUUGAAGUGGAGUGCGAGAAAGGCGACAAACGUGGUGCGGGGCCUGCAGAAGGGGGAGGACUGCGGGAGUAUGCCGACUACCGGAGGAGGAGUGAAGGUUAAGACAAUGAAGGGUGGCGAGGAGAGGGCCGCGCAGAGCGCUGCGGACUGGCUCGAGAGAGAGGUUGACAGAGCCGGGAGCUCGCGUGAGAGAAAUGCAGGCUGGAAAGCCGGAGGUGGAGAAGCGAAGCAGACCAGGUCGACGCCGGAGAGGAGUUGCGUGGUGGAGUGGAAGGUCUCCUUGGAUGUUGAGGAGGCUGCGAUCUGGGAGGACGUGAAGAAGAUCUUCCCGGGCAUCAUGAAGGAACCGGUUGGGACAGAGGACCGCUGGUUGGAGAAGGGCGGCUAUUACAUCAAAAUGCAUUGCAGGAGGCGGGUCGCCCAGUUUGACCCACGGAGGGGCUACAUGCCGAAGGAUAAGAUUGGGCCGGAGAGGAUCACGGUGAUGAGGACUUCGGGGCCCAUCUUUGUGCUGGGCGGCGACUACACGGUUGGGUCGCUGUCCGGCCUGAGGGAGUUCGUUGGCUUCACGAUCUUCAAGAAGGUCGGGGCGGAGCAGGAGGUGGGGUCUUGA